UCAAAAAUGGACUGUGAAUUGGAAGUCUAAGGUGAAAUAAAGUCUCUCCUCCCCAAGUUGCUUUCGGUUAGAAGACUUUAUCAGAGCAACAGAGAAGCUAACUAGGCACUGGUCUACGGGGAAGCUUGACCCAAUCAACCAGUCAAACACCUGUCAUCUCCUGGUGGUGAUCAGCAAGGUGUCACCAGAAGAAGAGACUCAGUUCCCUCAAGAAGCCCGCCCUCCUGCCAACCCUUGAAAAUUAUGUUCAGAGCCACAGGAACAAGGAAGACAAAGACAGUUCCCCGAGAACUGUUUGGAACAGGGUUCAAAUCCCCACACAGCCAUGUUGCCGCCUGACUCUGCACAAACACCUUUGCAAGGUAUCAGUAACUGAUGUGCAAUUUGGUCCAAUGAGAUUUCAUCAAGACCAACUUCAGGUACUUUUAGUGUUUACCAAAGAAGACAGCCAAUGCAAUGGAUUCUACGGGGCAUGUGAAAAGGCCGGGUUUAAGUGCACAGUCAUCAAGGAAGUGCAGGCUGUCCUUACCUGUUUCCAGGACAAACUCCAUGACAUCAUCAUCAUAGACCAUAGAAAUCCCCGACAGCUGGAUGCAGAAGCACUGUGCAGGUCUAUCAGAUCAUCAAAACUCUCAGAAAACACAGUUAUUGUUGGUGUAGUUCGCAGGGGGGACAAAGAGGAGGUGUCUUUAAUGCCCUUCAUUGCUGCUGGCUUCACAAGGAGGUAUAUAGAAAACCCCAACAUCAUGGCCUGUUACAAUGAACUACUCCAGUUGGCGUUUGGAGAGGUGCGAUCACAACUGAAACUCAGGGCUUGUAACUCAGUAUUCACUGCACUAGAGAAAAGUCAAGAAGCAGUUGAAAUUACAAGUGAAGACCACAUUAUACAGUAUGCAAAUCCUGCAUUUGAAACAACGAUGGGUUAUCAGUCAGGUGAAUUGAUAGGGAAGGAGUUAGCACAAGUGCCCAUAAAUGAAAAGAAAGGGGACUUGCUCGACGCCAUAAACUCGUGCAUCACCAUAGGCAAGGAGUGGCAAGGAGUUUACCAUACCCAAAAGAAAAAUGGAGAUAACAUACAACAAAAUGUGAAGAUAAUACCUAUCAUUGGGCAGGGAGGAAAAAUCAGACACUAUGUGUCCAUUAUCAGAGUGUGCAGUGGCAACAAUAAGGUUGAGACAGUAACUCAGUCUGUUCAGACUGACAGUCACCAAACAGAUAAUCAAGCAGGCAAACAUAAAGACAGGAGGAAAAAUUCAAUAGAUGUCAAAGUGGUUUCCUGCAGAACAACUGAAGUUGCCAAUCAGAGAAGACAUUCCUCUCUGGCCCGGAUACAUUCUAUGAUGAUUGAGGCACCCAUCACCAAGGUGAUCAAUAUUAUCAACGCCGCCCAGGAAAACAGUCCUACGCCUGUGACAGAAGCCUUGAACCGCGUGCUGGAGAUCCUGAGAACCACGGAGUUAUAUUCACCACAGUUUAAUGCUGAGGAUGAUCCUCACGCCACUGACCUCGUUGGGGGCUUAAUGUCUGAUGGCCUACGAAGGUUUUCAGGAAAUGAGUAUGUCCUUGCAACAAAAAACCUUCAGCCGUCUUCAAGCAGUAUUUCCAUCCCCAUCUCCCUUCAUGACAUCCCACCACGGAUUGCCCGGGCCAUAGAAAAUGAAGAACAAUGGGACUUUGACAUUUUUGAGCUGGAAGCAGCUACCCAAAAUAGGCCUUUGAUUUAUCUAGGUCUCAAAACAUUUGCUCGCUUUGGAAUCUGUGAAUUCUUACAAUGCUCUGAGGCAACGCUGAGAUCGUGGUUUCAAAUUAUUGAAACGAAUUAUCACUCUUCUAACCCCUACCACAAUUCCACACAUUCUGCGGAUGUGCUUCAUGCCACUGCCUAUUUUCUUUCCAGAAAUAAAAUAAAGGAAACUUUAGAUCGGAUUGACGAGGUCGCCGCCCUCAUCGCUGCUGCCAUUCACGAUGUGGAUCAUCCUGGGAGAACCAACUCGUUCCUCUGCAACUCAGGGAAUGAGCUGGCUGUGCUGUACAAUGACACUGCUGUGUUGGAGAGCCACCAUGCAGCACUGGCCUUCCAGCUGACUCUGGAAAAUGACAAAUGCAAUAUCUUUAAAAACUUGGAGAGGAAUGACUACCGGACACUACGCCAGGGUAUUAUCGACAUGGUCCUGGCCACAGAGAUGACAAAGCACUUUGAACAUGUCAACAAAUUUAUCAACAGCAUCAGAAAGCCCUUGGAAGCCCAAGGAAAUGAGGAAACUGACAAAAAUCAGGAAGCCAUAAACACUAUGUUCAGGACUCCAGAGAACCGGGCUCUUAUCAAACGAAUGAUGAUUAAGUGUGCCGAUGUGUCCAACCCCUGCCGGCCCCUAGAGUACUGCAUCGAGUGGGCUGCACGAAUUUCAGAGGAGUAUUUUUCACAGACUGAUGAAGAGAAACAGCUGGACUUGCCUGUGGUGAUGCCAGUUUUUGACAGAAACACCUGCAGCAUUCCCAAGUCUCAGAUCUCCUUCAUUGACUACUUCAUCACAGACAUGUUUGAUGCCUGGGAUGCCUUCGUUGACCUACCUGACCUUAUGCAGCACCUAGACGACAACUUCAAGUACUGGAAAGCCCUGGAUGAAAAGAAGCUGCGCAGCCUCCGUCCCCCUCCAGAAUAGCGUGGGUACACGUCUGGCCUGAGGCUCUGUCCUUCCUGGCUUCUGCAGUUUCCUAGUCUUCCAAUGUUAGGCAGAGCUAUCCCCUCAUUGCAGGGCCUGUGAGCAGACACGGGGAUGUCAACCUUCGGUGGCACCAUCUGCUGCCAUCGCACGCACUUGCUGCAGGUCCUUAGUAAGGUGCCGAAGACUCUGGCUACCGCAAGCCUGGAGCCCUGCAGAGGUGCCUCCACCAUCCUCCAGCCUGCAGAACAGCCGAGGCGGCUUGUCGCCAGUCUCUGGAGGCGCAGAUGCUCAUUUUGGAACACUACUGGAAGUGACUUGUGUCUGAAAUCCAUGAACAAAUGAGAUAAACUUAAGGUUGAUUAUCCCAAUUAUUAAAUGUUUUAUUUAUUUUAUUAGAAGUUUGACAUUUUCUAUGAAUUUAAAAAUAUUUCAAAGCCAAAGCCACCUUCAGAUGCCACAACCGAAUUCACAAUUCAUUCUCAUUAAGUGUUUAUGACUUGGUGCACAGACUUAUUUUCAUAAUGCAGAUUUAAAAUGAUAUAAUUUAGCACAGUGUAGAAAUGUUAAACUCUUCUCAUUGAUGUCAUGGGGAAGGCUUUCGCACUGGGUCUUACUCUAGUGUGCAACAGAGAGGCCACAUCUGUAGACCUGGUUCUGAGCAGCAGCUGUGAUCUCUGGGGUUGUGGAGGUGCCUUGUUGGAGAAAAAAUGUGGAUAUCACCAUUUUUUCCUAAAAUUUUAUAAUUGAAUUUCUAAGAGCCUGCCUUAUUUUGUACCAUUUCUAUAAAAUAUGCCCUAUAAAAACAAAGCAAACCGAGAUAUUUAGUGGUUGAUAUUUUAUAGCUAACAUGGGAUAUUUGAUUCUAGAAAUGCAUAAAGGCAAUAUCUCUUCAUGUUUUUAAUGAGCAUAAUAUUAUAAAGAUGACAAUGACAUGUGGAGUGUUGGUUUCAUCUUAAACUUGUAUUUCUUUUCCUGGAUGAAAUUAAACUAUUUGUUUUUAAGAA